GACUGUUUGUUGGUAUAGACUUGGUAAACAACAAGGUAACCCAAAGGCCCUAAGCUUGUCAUGGCACCUCAUGCCUCCCCUUCUCUUGGCCCUCCAGAUCACCGACCUACGAAACGUCCUCGUUUAUCCAAAUCUACACAUCGCGUUCUUAAUGUCUGGGCUCAGCUCGCCGAACGCUAUAACAAACGUCUCGAUGAAGAUGAUAUAGUCGACCUCUACAGCGGCACUAUUAUCAAUGACAGAGGAGUACUUAAGAACGGAAAGGACUAUGAUUUUGGCCAUUUCACUCCCGAUGAUAGUCAGGAUGAUCAAGAUCAGGAUCAGGAGCAGGAGCACGGCGCGCAGGACCAGGAUGAUGACCUCGAUGAAUUGGACACUCUACCCGUCCGGCGCGCCUCUGGAACAGACGGUACCAUGGCAUCAACUUCUGAGCUGCUUCGUGCAGUGCCACCUCUUUCAGCAACAACAGACGCUGACGAUCUCAAUGACUUUUUGGAAGCUGAACAGAGACGAAGAGAACAGUUGGGGGAUGAGGACAGCGAAGAUGAUAUGUCUAUGGAAGAACUAGCUGCGCUACGAGAAGCCUUAUACGAAUCGGAGGGUGAUGACGAGCAGCCAGAAACCGUUGAAUCAGGGCAUGCAGCCGUCGCAGAAGACGAGUCUGAAGAUGAACUUAGCAUAUGGGAGCACGACGAGGCUAGUGCCGUGUACCACAUCGUCCGCAAUGAAUCUGAAGAGGAUGCUGCGGAAGGUGAGCAGAAAAUCCUCGAGUUCGCUGAUUCUGACGAGGAGUUUGCUGCUCUCCUCGAGCGACCCCCGCGAGCUGGAAAACGAAAGCGAAACUCUUCUCCGUUUUCUUCACAACGAAAAUCUUCUCCAUCUCCAUCUUCAUCGCAACGAACACCUUCGCCAUCCUCCCCACUGCGAACAUCUUUCCCAUCUUCAUCGCAACGAACAUCAUCGCCAUCCUCUCCUCUGCGAACAUAUUUCCCAUCUUCAUCGCAACGAACAUCCUCUCCAUCCUCUCCAUUGCGAACGUCUUUCCCAUCUUCAUCGCAACGAAAAUUGUUGACAUCCUCUCCACUGCGAUCAAAACCUCUGCCAUCAUUUCCACUACGAAAACCUUCACCAUCCUCUUCACUACGAAGAUCUUCACCAUCUUCGCAACGUUGCACAUCAUCCGAAAGUACUUUAGGUAAUGUAGCCACUUUCGCAAUCUGCAUAAUCAUUUACUGACUGUCUGGUCCGUAGUACCUGAUACUCCUUCAACUACAGCAAGCACCCGUUUCGCGUCUCGUACGCCGCAGACUCAAGUCUACCCUUUUGCUACCCCCUCCGUCGAUCCCACACAACCACCACAACUUCUUCUCUACCAGGCGAUGCAGCAAUUGUCAUAUGCUUUGUCCGCCACGAUGUU